UGACGCUUCCCGUUACUCCCAGGAGAAGAAGCAGCAGAAACCAACGCAAAGCGCACAGCUGGGAAACUCCUGCGACUUUAUGGCAAUCAACUAAAAGGGUAGUCGGCCCUCUGAUAGUUAUUUUUUAUUACUCUGAUUGUGUAUGGAAAGUGCUCCUGGAUGGACCUGGGGGAAAACAGCUGGUCCAUGGUCAAGCGAGAAGUUUCCAGCAGCCCAGGCUCGCCGGCCGAGCAGAGCUACCUGCCCGCUGACAGCAGCAGGAGGGACGGGACCACGCCUCCGAGUGAGCUGGACGUGCUGGGCCACCGCCGCCCGGACAGGUCGCUUCACUCCUACCUUCAUUUCGGACACCACGGCAACGCCACGAGCGCCGGCGAGGACAUCCCGCUGUUUACGGACUUGGAUCAGGGGAGCAAGCUCGUCCUCUCCGCCGGAGCGCACAAGACCAGCCUGCUGGUGGACCCCGCAGACAUGUACCAAACUUUGGCCAUCGCCGCAGCCCAGAGCCAGACUGGAUAUGAUUCUUCCUCCGGUGGUUACAUGCACUCCAGCCCUAACUCCCCGGUCUACGUCCCCAGCUCCAGGGUAAACCCGAUGAUCUCCAGCCUCUCCUAUCUGCAGGCUGGCGGCUCUGCGCAAUCCGCGCACGGCGUCUCCAGCCACUCUGUUUGGUCGCAGUCCAACCCGGAGAGCCCAUCGUCCUACAGCGCCGGGAGCCCUCACACCACCAGCCGGUUCCACUACCCCCCUAGUCCGCCUAUGAACAACGGGACCCCCAGGGACAGUAGCUACACAAACACGCUGAAUGUGGGCAGCAGGGACCAGUACGGCCUCUCCCGGCCCCUCAGUGGGACCUAUCCGAACCCAUACUCCCCUUAUGUGACACCGCAGCUACCCUCACCUUGGACCGGGGGACCUUUUGAUAACACCAUGCUGCACACUUUGCAAAGCAGGGGAGCGCCCUUGAUUAGAGGUCCAAACGGAGUUUCAGAUAUCCUGGAGGACAUGGCGGAGAGUAGGGAAUGCGUGAACUGCGGCUCCAUCUCCACGCCGCUGUGGAGGCGCGACGGCACGGGCCACUUUCUCUGCAACGCCUGCGGCCUCUACAGCAAAAUGAAUGGGCUGAGCCGACCAUUAAUUAAACCACAGAAAAGGACGUCAACCUCCAGAAGAAUCGGCCUCUCCUGCGCAAACUGUCAGACAAGCACAACGACCUUGUGGCGUAGGAAUGCAGAAGGAGAACCAGUAUGUAACGCAUGUGGCCUCUACACUAAGCUACACGGGGUACCUCGGCCGCUCGCCAUGAAGAAAGAGGGGAUCCAGACACGAAAAAGAAAACCCAAAACUUUAAAUAAAACCAAAGGAUCUUCAGGCACCAACAACUCUGUCUCCAUGACUCCCACAUCCACCUCCUCAUCCAAUUCUGAAGACUGCUCCAAAACAAGCUCUCCCUCUGCACAAGUCUCAGGGGUCACUUCGUCCGUCCUGCCUGGCUCAGGGGAAGCAACCGGCUCAGGCUCAGUGGUGAAAUACCCGGGACAGGACAGCCUGUACACCAGUGUGGGUUUGACCCAGCCGUCAGAUGUAGCUUCGGUGAGGGGGGAACCCUGGUGCCCUAUGGCUUUAGCCUAAACACUCAAAGUUUUGUGCGUGUAUGUGUGGACAAAAAUCCAUGACCUCUCCUGUUAUGUCUGGACACUAAGAUGUGGAUAUAUCUGGAGGAUAGUGUUUGCCCCCCUCGAUUUCCAAAUGUGCCCCCCCCACCCCAGCCGAUGCAAAAAGAAUCCAACACGGAGGGAAAAUGCGGGCUAGACAAGCACCAGUCAGAGUUUAACCUUGAUCCAUGCAUGGAAUUUCUGGGAUUGGUGCUGGCAUUUUGCAGUCAGUGGCAAUGUCAUGGUGAACAAUCAGUCAGGUGGCGUGCACUGGAUGGUUUUUAAGCCUGUUGUUCACUCUGAUCUCUACUGCCAGUGGUUUUGUAAAGAAAAAAAAGCCAUCCUGUAAAUAACGGAUCUCCCCUCCGCAGAAAACACUGCUGAUUGGACAAGAGUGCUUGAUGAAGCAAUGAGGACGUUUAGAUUGUUGUUCUUUUUUUUUUCUCCCCACAACUGGAAUCACGCCGUAAGUGCUGAGAUGACUUUGAUGAAUCAAAAUAAAAAAUAUAUAUAUAUUUAUAAAUCUCCAAAUGUUGAGAAUGUGGCUAUGAUUGUUAAUAAAGAUAUCAAUAUAGAGCAGAUGUUAAACCAUUCUGAUGUCUUUUUUUUAUUAUUAUUUUGUUGAAGUGUUGUUGAAUCUGCACGUGUUUUCCACUGAGAGCUCUUACUGCUUGUAUUGAAAGUAGUUUGGUAAAAACAGGGUAUAAGUGUCAGUGUUUUCUUUCUUUAAUCAUUUGCUUCAUAACAUGCAAAUUAUUGCUUCCUUCUUGUUUUAUACAUUAAAACAUUGUCAGAACUAGGGAUGAGUAAGGUACUAUUCUUAAAAGAUGUUUGCAUGCUACAGGAUGAUGUGUUUGAACAAACCUUAGCCAGUAUAUCAGAACGGCUUCACUACCUGACUUACCAUAAACUUUACGUAUUUUACUAUCCCAGCAUGUAAUGUUUUGUCCUUUUUCAACAUAAAAUUAGAUUAAAGUGGAGUGUACGGUCACUGCUUUAAUACUUCAUGUUAAAUUGAUUUGAUUAAUCACUGUAAUGAUUUUAAAAUGGACUAUUAGGGGAUUAUGUGCUUUGUUUUGGCGGAGCAAAAUGACUGGGAUCCAGAGUCAGCCUAAAGCAUUCGUGUAUGAAGUAAAUGUGGGGGGCUUUGAACUUUUUUGUGCAAAUGAAUGUAGCCGGACCGUUUUCCUAAGUAAAAUAUAUUGCAGCUGUUCUUUAGCUUCACCAACAUUCCACAUAACUGCAGAAAUUAUUAACAAAAUUUAGAACAUGGUAGCUAAAAGGAACCCAAAUCCAUUUCUGUUAAGGGACGGUUCCAUGCGCCCUGAAACAGCCCUGCACCGCCUCUGCUGGAGUUGACCACCCGAUAAAUUCUUGAGUUCUUUGUCAUGUUUUGGAACUUAUUUUUAAAGAAAAAGUAAAUCUAAUCAACUCCAAAGAGACUGAAACUUGGAAGCAGUUUUAUGAAUUUAAUGUUGGCUUCUUCUUAUAGAACUUGCUUCAAUUUUGUAAAGAUCUUGUCAUUCCCUCCCAUGGACUUAUUUAUUUCUUAGAAUAACAUG